AUGAAGGGGCCAGAGCAACGUCUCCCUCGAAGUCCUCUUCAACGCCUUCAAUCAAUGGUAUCUAAGCUCGAAAGACUUGCGCAUCGUCAAGAAAAAAUUAGAAGGAAAAUGGAAUCACCUGAUGUGGCUCGAGGAGUUAGAAGGCCAAAAUGUGCUCGUUGCCGAAAUCAUGGAUACAUUUCUUGGCUGAAAGGUCAUAAACGACACUGCAGAUUUAAAGACUGCGUUUGCCAAAAGUGUCUAUUGAUUGCUGAGCGACAGCGCAUCAUGGCAGCACAGGUCGCUCUGAAAAGAUCCCAAUCAGCAGAGGACUCCAUUGCGAUUGGCUUACGAAGUGUUGCAACAGGUGCACCUCUUUCCUAUUUGCCGCCUGGUCCCAUUUUUGGAUUACCUCUGGAUAGUUCUCCGAAAAAAUCAAAAAAAUCUGAAAAAUCGGAUAGCAUCUUACCUUCCGAACAGCAAACAAAGUCCAAAUCCAGAGCCAAUGGAAGACCUCCUUCUUCCGAAAGUGCUAGCAUGCCAGCAGAUUUCAGACCUGGACGUCUUUCUUCACUGGAAAUCUUACAACGCAUCUUUCCUAAUCAGAAAAAAUCCGUACUCGAAUUAGUUUUACAAGGAACAAAUGGUGACCUUGGCAAGUCAAUCGAACACUUUAUCAGUGCUAACGACGCAAUGUUCCUACCACAUUCUCCUAUUCCAUAUGGUUAUCCUCAUGAUGUGCCUUUUGCCCCAAGGCCAGUACCUCGAUUGACACUUGGAUCCAUCAAAUCGGCAUUCACCCCUCUUGGCCCACCAGCUGCUCACACAACGACAUCCCCAAGAGCCAACGAAAACUCAACUUUAUUUGGAUCAGUACCUCGGCUUUCUGAAUCUUCCUUGUAUGUACCAUAUACCCUCUCUCAACCACCUACUCAUUUACUACUACAGACAUGCCCUGCUGGAUGCACCCAAUGUAGGAAGACAUUUUCCUUUGUAUCUGAACCAGAAAGUCAACUAAGUCUACUAUCUGAUGACCAACCGAUACUCAAAGAACCUUCUAGCAGAACUCAAGAAGCAGUGGAUCUCUCCGACAGAUCUUGGCAAACAGGAAGCCCCAGCGGUUGA